AUGACUGCCGCACUUCGAAUGCUCGCUUAUGGAGUAACGGCAGAUCUUAUGGAUGAAUACUUACGAAUUGGAGAAUCUACUGCAAUGGAGUGUUUUAAACUAUUUGUUCAAGCGGUGAAUUCAAAAUUUUCCACCGAGUACUUGAGGUCGCCAACCCAAGAUGAUGUUGCUAGAUUGCUAGCAAUUGGCGCAAGUCGUGGAUUUCCAGGUAUGUUGGGAAGCAUUGAUUGCAUGCAUUGGAAGUGGAAGAACUGUCCAAAUGCUUGGAAAGGUAUGUAUUCUGGUCAUAUCCAUGAACCAACUAUUAUUUUGGAAGCCGUGGCAUCUUAUGAUCUUUGGAUAUGGCAUGCAUUUUUUGGGUUACCAGGGUCUCACAAUGACAUCAAUGUGUUAGAACGGUCUUCUGUAUUUACCAAUCUAGCUGAAGGGCGUGCACCUCUAGUAAACUACUCACUCAAUGGUCACAACUACACAAUGGGAUACUAUCUUGCCGAUGGUAUAUAUCCUCAAUGGGCAACAUUCGUAAAAACAAUUCAUGCUCCACAAGGAAAUAAAAGAAAGAAUUUUGCUGCAUCUCAAGAGUCAGCAAGGAAGGAUGUAGAGCGGGCAUUUGGAGUACUUCAAGCGCGAUUUGGUAUUGUGCGUGGACCUGCACGUUUACACAAACCUGAAAUGCUUAAAGAGAUUAUGAUGGCGUGCAUAAUAUUGCAUAAUAUGAUCGUUGAAGACGAGCGAGAUUUAUACCUUGGAGCAGAUGACUUCGAUUAUGAACAAAUCAAUGAGAUUCCACUCGAACCACCAUCACAUGAGCAUACAGUUGAGUUUUUGGAAUUCAUACAAAAUCAUCAUCGUAUUAGAGAUCGAGUAACUCAUUCUCAACUCCAGUCGGACCUUGUCGAGCAUUUAUGGCAACUACAUGGCCAAUAA